AUUCUCUUUCACGCCAACUUCCUCGUUCAACGCUGUUGCCAAGGGAACAGCGCCCCACCCACUGAAAGGCGUUGAUCAAUGACGUGCCUGUGUUAUAAAACAUUAUUUUUGCACGUGUGAGGAGGCUUAUGCGGGCUAUUUCUGGCAGAAUUAUUCGCUGUAGUUUAGAAGUUAGAAGAUUUUCCGUCAUCAUGUCCGAGAAUAAAAGGAACCUGAAGCGCAAAGGAGAGCCGAUGAAAGGCCUGGAGAAGCUCGCAGCAGCCCGGGGAGCGGAGAGAGGAGCGCGGUGGCUGCAGGAGAAAGUGGAGGAGAUGCGGAGAAACUCAUCUGAGUGUAAAUUCAACACGAAGCGUCUCCGGUUCCUGUCUGACGCCAAGAAAGUGAGACAGGGCUGCGGGGCGGUGCUUUACUGGAUGGCCCGGGAUCAGAGAGUGCAGGAUAACUGGGCCCUGGUUUACGCUCAGCAGCUCGCCCUGGAAGAGAAUUUGCCUCUCCACGUGUGUUUCUGCCUCGUGCCACGGUAUUUAGAGGCGACUUAUCGCCAAUACGCCUUCAUGCUCAGGGGACUGCAGGAAGUGGCCAAGGAGUGUACAAGUCUGGGUAUUCAGUUCCACCUCCUGCGUGGCGAGCCCGAGCUGACACUGCCUGGUUUUGUGAAACACUGGGACAUCGGUGCCGUUGUGACUGAUUUCAACCCUCUCCGUCUUCCACUGCAGUGGACUGAACGUGUGAAAAAGGAGCUUCCGCCUGAUGUCCCCUUCAUUCAGGUCGACGCCCAUAAUGUGGUGCCAUGCUGGGGGGCAUCGAAUAAACUGGAGUAUGCAGCCAGAACGAUCCGGGGGAAAAUCACCAAACUCCUCCCAGAGUUCCUCACCGAGUUUCCUCCAGUGGACAUGCACCCUCACCCGUCCACCAAAACGGCAAAGAAGGUGGAUUGGGAGAAAGUGAUGUCAUCACUGGAGGUCGACCGCAGCGUUGGGGAGGUUUUGUGGGCACAGCCGGGAACAGCGGGAGGUGUCGCCAUGCUUGAGUCGUUUAUAGACCAGCGGCUGCGUAUUUUUGCCUCCGAGAGGAACAACCCGAACGCCAGUGCGCUCAGCCAGCUCUCACCCUGGAUCCACUCGGGUCAGUUAUCAGCUCAGCGUGUGCUGUUGGAGGUGAAGCGUUGGGGGAAACACUCGACCGAGUCAGUGUCCUCCUUCACAGAGGAGCUGUUAGUACGCAGGGAGCUCUCCGAUAACUUCUGCUUCUACAACGACAACUACGACAACAUCAACGGUGCGUAUGAUUGGGCGAAGAAGACGCUGCAGGAUCACGCUAAAGACUCUCGGCCUUAUCUGUACACACGAGAGCAACUGGAAAACGCAGACACACACGACCAGCUGUGGAACGCUGCACAGAGGCAGCUUAUGUUAGAGGGGAAGAUGCACGGUUUCAUGCGCAUGUACUGGGCUAAGAAGAUCCUGGAGUGGACAGCUUCACCCGAGGAGGCGGUGAACAUCUCCAUCUAUCUGAACGACCGCUACGCGCUGGAUGGCUGCGACCCGAACGGAUACGUGGGCUGCAUGUGGUCCGUCUGUGGGAUUCAUGAUCAGGGCUGGGCGGAGCGGCCCGUUUUCGGUAAAGUGCGCUACAUGAAUUACGCAGGCUGCAAGCGCAAGUUCGAUGUGGGCCAGUUCGAGAGGAGGUACGCUGGGAAGAAGGCCUGAGACACACACACACACACACACCUUCAUUAGGGCUUUUAGAAGAAUUGUGUUCAAGUUGCUCUGGUGUUCGCUUGCAUUCUGUCAUUUUGAUUCAGUUUGAGUUUUAUUUUCUGCUAAAACUAUCAGCAUGUGUAUCUGUUAAACCCGCUGUAUUAACAUUCUUUAUUAAACAUCAGGAAAAAGGUGAGAGAUGUUAGUGACGGUUUAUCUAGCGCUAACUGGAUCAGUGUAAUUAACAUGUAUUUGUCUUACGGUUGAUGCUAACACUGUCUAAUAUCACCUGUACGGCAAGUCUAUGAACAGAAUAACAUUCAUGCUUACAGCAUUCGUAAGAAAAUAAGCCACCCAUGUAGAGUCAUUUCAUUUCAUAGAUUUAGGGAUUUUUAUGGAACAAUAGUUUCAUUUUCUUCUUGGUUAAUAGACUGUAGAGGGUAAAAGUUAAUAAAACAUAAAAACAACUUUAAUAUAUAUAUUUUUAAAAGUAAAUCUCAAAACCUUGAACAACUUUUGACUGUCAUCAAAUAUAUAAGCACCUAAAUGGUGUUUUUUUCUGUUUUUCUAAUAAAUUUGUUUCACAGUUUGCUUUGUGAUUGUGAUGUAUUGUGUGGCUUUUAAGGUGUUUUUAUUCAGACAGACUCACUGACUCAUUCAUUCACUCCCUGACUUAUUAACUGAUUCACUGACUGACUAAUUGACUCGCUCACUAAACGAUAGACACAGACUGCUUGACUCAAUCACGGAUUCACUGAUUCACUCACUAACUGAUUGACCAACUCUCUGACUAAUUGACUCACUCACUCACUAAAUUAACGACUCAGUGACUCAUUCAGUAACUCGUAAUUGAUUCACUCAAGGAUUCACUAACUCCCUCACUGACUCAGUAACUGACUCGCUCACUGAUACUCUGAUACUCUGACUGACUAAUUGACUCGCUCACCAAAUGAUUGAUGCAGACUGACUCACUCACUCACUCCUUCUUAUUGACUAACUGACUCACUCACUGAUACUCAUGACUGUUUGUUCACCCACUCACUGACUAAUUGACUCGCUCACGAAAUGAUUGACGCAGACUCACUCCUUCACUGAGUCUCUCAUGGUUUCACUGAUUCCCUCACUCUACGACUAAUUACUCACUCACUCACUAAGUGAAUGACUCAAUGCCUGUUUGACUCACUCAGUAACUCAUAUUUGACUUGCUCGCUGACCUGUUCACGGAUUCAUUAACUCCUGCACUGACUGACUGAUUGACUCACUGAUUCACUCAUAACUGACUGACUCACUCACUGACUAAUUGACUCUAUAAAUGAAUGACUCACUCAGAAAGUCGCAAAUGACUCACUCACAGAUUCACACACUCCUUCACUAACUGAUUGAUUCGCUGACUUGUUCACAUCUUCUAGAAGCUUCAUUUCAUGACCAUGUCCUGUAUUUUAUUAGUCACUUGCCCAAUAAGAUAUUCCAGAUGUGUAAACUUAAAAAAAAAUUAUAAUAAUUUUUUAAUCCUGAAUCAACUUACAGUUCCAUAUGGAAGAACUUGUCACUUCGGUGAAGAAAAAAUGACCUGAAAAACGGACGUGUGAUUAUAUUUUGUGGGAAUACGGGUUUAAAUCACUCAGAAUGGUAAAAGUUAACAGCUUAAUAGUCAAACAUUUCCUCUUUCAUGCUGUAGCUCCUGUAUGACCCUGAACACGACAGUCAAAUGUAUCAGAACUUUGUAAGUCAUAAAUACACAACACAUAAAUCAGUCUGUUUGUCCAUUUGCGCCAGCCGUGCACAACUUUACCAGGCUUCCAUACAGACACGGAGAAGACCGUCAGUCGUAACCAUGUAUGGACGAGUCUCUCCGUGGUUUAAAUACUUGUAGCGUCAUUA